AUGGGUAUGGCAUGUGAGAUCAAGAGUUGUACAGUAACAGGUGAACAUGAGGUGCCAUUGAUCAAGACUGGAGACAAUAAUCACCUUGUGUUUACUCAUAUUCAAGCAAAUGAAGGGACCAAGAUCGAAUCUGAUACUUGUAGUCUUGAUCCGAAAGAAACAGCAAUGAUACUCACGUGUUUAAGUAAAGGUUAUUCUGAUACUAGUGGUGCUAUGACGACAACGUCCGGGAGACAUUCUGAUUCGGAUGGAGAGGAUAUGGAUGGUGAUGAGUGUUUAUCAGAUGAUGACGAUGAUAUGAUUCAACGUCGUCAAUUCCCCUCUGGUAUUGGCAAGGUGCAUCACGUACAUCAAAUUCAUUUUGAUGGUCCAAAAGGAAGUAAACUUGACUUUACGGAUGAUGCUGGUUUCAGUCAUCGGUUUAGAAAUGAAAGCAAUCGUGUCAAGAGUUUAGUGACCAAACACAUUUCGAUCGAGGAACUUCGUGCACACUUUGAUCGACCAAUCAUUGAUGUGGCAAAAGACUUUGGCAUUUGUAUUACGCUCAUGAAGAAAAUUUGUCGUCGUAAUGGUAUCAAGAGAUGGCCGCAUCGUCAAAUUCGGUCACUCUCCAAGAGUAUUGCGUCCAUGGAGGCUGCUAUGCUUAGUGCACAUGGAAGUGAGCGUGAUAAGUACCGAGAUCAGAUUAUGAGUUUGAAGAUGAAGCGCGAAUCCGUCAUUGCAGACCCCAAUAAGGACAACUCCUUGCGUCAUAGGAUAUCGCCACCACCUUCUAUGGUUGGUGAUAGCACACACCAAAGUAUGUGUGCUUCUCACCACGUUCCUUUGACCCUAAAACUAUCUCCACGGCCUGUUCAUGACACUCAUGUCUCUUCAUCGAAGACUGGCGUCCCAGUCACACCGAUUCAAAAGAUUGAAAACUUGGUCGUAAGUACUCCUAGCACGUCCACGACGGGUUCCUCAAAGGGUGGACGUUGGACCAGUGAAGAGCAUGCUGCUUUUCUAGAGGGCAUUCGCUUGUACGGGAAAGACUGGCGACGCGUUGCACAAGUGGUCAAGACACGCAGUGCUGUGCAAACGCGAACUCACGCUCAGAAAUAUUUAUUGAAAUUUGCUGGGCGUUCCACGUUUGAAACUGAUGGAGCUUCGAAUGGUAACCAUUUACUGGCACCGAUGCAAAUGCAGUGUGCAGUAGCUGACAAGCCCGUUCUUUCCAUGCUCAGUCCAGCAUCGCGUAAUGCACUUUCGACCCCUGCAAGUGACGAUAGCAUGACCAAUGAAUCUUGGAACACGGAAGAGGGUCAACCUUUAGCAAAGCACGGAGAGGCUAUGGCACUGAUUUUGAACGGCAGUCCACAAGUGGAACCAGAUGUAGCAGGACCUAUUGGAAACAAUACCGAGGCUACGACGCUAUCCCCGCUACCGUCUCGCACAACGACGAGCCUGAAGCAGUCUGCAACAACAUUUCACCAGCAGUCAACAACAAUAGCAGCAGCAGCAGUUCCCGUAUCCUACUCGUAUUUUUCUCCGCAGCAAAAUGCUUCGUGA